AUGCCUCGCCAAAGGACAGUAUGCGAAAGCAGAGCACUGUUGGGGAUUAAAGAGCUCUUCAAGAAGCCUUUCCUGGACUCGAAAGAUCUAGAGCAUCUCAUGACACAUCUCGAGCAGCUCGUCGAGUAUUCGAUUUAUCGUGCGAAGGAGAACAUCGGCCGUUUGAGCCCCAAAUACAUUGUGGCGAAAUUGGGCUAUGCCCUGUUGGUGACGGAUGCAAUAUACGCAGCGAGUGAGGACAGCCGGUUUGUUGGGACAACCGAAGUGGGGGACUCCGUGUACAGCGCCUGUAUUGUGCUCUAG